GCGUAGCCGCAAUCCCCAACCAGUCAGGUCUGAAUGUUCGCAUUGGUUGUACGCUCCAACCUCAUCGAUCCAAACUUUUUGCCGUUUUCGUUCACGUUCAUUCUAUUGCAUUAAUCCAGUGUACUCUUCUCUCUAACAGUGCGUGCUUUACCAGUUCACCUUCCUUCGUGCCGCGAAGGAUUCCCAGGAUCAGAUUCCCUCGCAAGUGCAGCAAAGAAGAGAAGACAUGGGCGAGCGACGGGGCACCAAAGGCUUAGAGCUGUGGUGCAAGAAGAUGACCCAAGGUUAUCCCGGUGUGAAGAUCGACAACAUGACCACCUCCUGGAGGGACGGGCUUGCCUUCUGCGCCAUCAUCCACCACUUUAGACCCGAACUGAUUGAUUUCGACAAAUUGAACAAGGACGACGUGUACAGGAACAACGAGCUGGCGUUCCGCGUGGCAGAGCAGUACUUGGGGAUUCCGGCUCUGCUGGAGGCGGAAGACAUGGUGGAGUAUCCGGUUCCGGACCGUCUAUCCAUCCUCACUUACCUGUCGCAGUUUUACCAGGCCUUCGAGGUGUCUCACGGAUCACAGUCGAGGGCCGUUCCGAAGAGACCUGCCUCCUCCGUCCCGGAUCGGGGCAUCGUCUCUCCUGCUUCUACUAGCCCGCCCACUAAGAUGGCCAUCCGCAGCACGGGUGGCGUAACCGUAGGGAUGCCGCGUCGGGACCCGUGCGCCAAGUGCUGUCUUCCUGUGUUCAUUGCCGAACGUCUGAACGUAGGAAAACUGCUCUACCAUCGCACGUGCUUCCGGUGCGCGAGGUGCAGUAGUCAGCUAACACUCGCCAACUACUACGAGACGGAAACGCCGAACCAGUUCUGCUGCGAGACGUGUCCCGAUGAGGUUGUGGCUACGGAGACGACAACAUCAAAGAAGGACGUAGACGUCCUUCUCUUGAAGGAGAAGCCGAUCGUGGGAAGGUCACUCAGCGACGAGGAGAAGUCAAUGCUGAGCAGCGAUCAGCAGCACUUCGUCACCGCACUCGACUUCCCGGAUGUAAGCGGCUCCGACGAGUUCACACGCGCACGGUCCUUCUUCAUGAGCGCCCAACUUAAUGAAGAUGAGGACGAUCAUCCGCCCGACCUUCCCAAGACCAAGCCACCCGACACCGUUGAGUUCAAAGACAAUUCCGAAUCAAACGACAGCGGUCUGUUGUCCACCAAUUCUAGUGUAAAUAGUGUUAAAGAUAAUGUUGUUGUUGAUGAUGAUAAUAGUAGUAGUAUAAAUAGUGUUAAGAAUUUUGGAGAUGACAAAGUUGUUACCAAAGAACCACCACCGGUCACGCCGACGUCCGCGUCUUUGGUGCAGGCAAGGAUGAGCAUUUUUGAAUCAUCUACGUUGCCAACCAGCAACGCCGACGAUAGCGUUUUAGAAUCGUCUCCAUCGCAACAUGACGAGAGCGUCAUCCUCGUCAGCUACAAUUUGCCAGCCGUCGUCUCCGAUGACUCGCUCACUAAUGUCAUUGGUGACGACAGCGUCUUCGAAUCGUCGCCUUCGACCACAUCGUUGAACAAGCGACAAGAGAUGCGGCUCGAAUCUCCAAAGGCCACACCAAGGAAAAAGUAUCAGCAAGAGAUUAAACCUUCUCCGCCUGAGGAACAGCCUCCAAAAAGACCUGCCACCCUAUUCUAUGAAUCCAAACGAGAUAAUAUAUCAACCAAAAGACCGGCAACGAUGUUACAGUCAUCGAAACAAUCACCACAACAGGAGAAAUUGUUCUUUGGUGAGGUAAAAUUGCGGAAGACGCCGCCAGAGAAGCGCGCCGCAACGCCGCCGAAGGAGGACGCGUUGCCCGAAAUUAAACUGAAACCGAUGCUGAAAAUAGAUUCAAUAAAGCGACUGGAAGAAGCCGAGCAAGAGACGAUCAAAGCGAAACUUGACGAAUUGAUGCCCGUCUCGCUAAUAGUAAAAGAUACGAAUGCAGUGACGGAGGGAAGAAACGGCAAUUCAAAUAGGUUAAUGGAAGAAAAUAUACAUAUAAACAAUAAUGAUAAUGAGUUUGAAGAAGACGAAUUAUGCGAAGACAAUAACGUGGAUUCGUUGUUUGAGAAUCUCUUGGAGACAUCGCUUGAGAAGGACUUUAAUAAGUUAGCUGAUAAUUGUCUGGAUGAUGAUGAGUUCGCUCUAGAUGACGAUUUCGAGCGACUAGUUCAGUCCUUGGACAAACAACCGGUAAAUAUAAUGGUGAAAGAGUCUGAACCAAUCGAUAAGAAAGAUCAAAAUGUGUCAAAUCGAGUGGAAAUUGUUAAAACUGAGGAGAAUGUUGCGCAACUCCAAAUGGAUGUUAAUAAAGAUGAUGAAGAUAUUAAUAUUGAUAAUACUGAGAAAUGUAAAGAACAAGAAUAUCCUGGAGAUUUGAACCCAUUCGGCGAUGAUAAUGCUUCACUAAAUCCAUUUGGCGACGAUGAUGUUGCCGAUGAAGAAGUUGCAGAUAAUGAUAAAUCAUUGAAUCCCUUCAGCGAUGAUGAAGAUGAUGAACAGAUACUCGACGUAAUUUCACCAGCGAAGAGCACAAAUCCUUUCGAAGAUGACGAUGAUGAGGAUCAGCCAGAGCAAGAGAUAUUCAAGAAACCUAACCCGACGGCACGCAAGUUAAUUCCGGCUCCCAGGAUUAGUUUACCGCAUUUCUGGAACAACGAGCACAAAAUUUCCGGCGGUGAACAGCAAAGAGGCGAGAAUUCCUCCUUCGGAUCUUCCACGUCCAUCUCAAGUGGUGCUUCCAGCGCACAUUCGACGAGGCGGAAAAAGGCGGCGCCGAGACCGCCGAUCUCGAAUCUCCUGGACCAAUCGUCUCUGCAGCAGAGCCGCCCCAGUGAUGCCAGUCCUACGCCAAGCGUUCAAAAUUCACCCAGACCAAGGAAGAGCAAGAGGGCUCCGGCGCCCCCGACUUCGACACCCGCCGCCAAUCACAGACUAUUGUCGCCCUCGGAUAUAUCACCUAUCAAUGAAUCCACCAUCAUCAACAGCAAUUCUAAGUCUAUGACGCUUGAAGCUGACGAAUAUGAACGCGAGAAGGACGUCAAAGAUGAGAGGAAUAGAACAAGGCAGAGCUGCAAUAGUUCGAACCAGUCUAGCUUCGGAAUACCCAACAAGAGCACUUAUGGCAAAUGGAAGAGGAAAAAAGGUCAGGCGCCAACACGGCCUAUCCCGCAGAAACGAAGUAUUAAGGCUCUACCGAUGACGGAGGUGCGACGCGAGCUGGGCAUCAUCGAGGUACAGCAGCAGGGUCUCGAGAAGCAAGGUGUGCGGUUAGAGCAGAUCAUCAGAGAAAAAUGCGAAGGACCCAAUUCGGAUGCGGAUAGCGCGGUCAGCAUCGAAGCUGAGGAUCUGAUCCUGCAGCUGUUCGAGGUAGUCAACGAAAAGAACGAGCUGUGCAGGCGGCAGGCAGAACUGAUGUACCUACAACGGCAGCAGCGAUUGGAGGAAGAGCACGCCGAGAUUGAGUAUCAGAUCAGGUGUCUGAUGUUGCAGCCGGAAGCAAACAAGACUGAUACGGACAAAGCUCGCGAAGAAGAACUUAUCCUUAGGCUGGUCGACAUCGUCGAAAGGCGAAACGAGAUCAUCGAGUGUCUGGAGAUGGACAGGGUACGCGAGGCCGAGGAGGACGACAGCAUAUGCAAUUCGAUGAAUACGUACGCCACCAAGAGGGACGAGAACGUGCUCAUCAAUUCGAACGAGAGUCCCAAGAAGAAAGAGAAGAAAAAGUUCAGGAAAAAGUUUAAACUGAAGAGUUCGUUGUCGUCUUCGCCCAAAAUCGAUAUGGACAAGGAUGUAGACGAGUGCGAACCUUCAGAGGCUGUUGUUAAAGAUAAAAAGAAGAAAAAGUUUAAUCUGUUUUAAAAGUGGGAGCUGCAGCAUUGAAAUAGAAUCGGAGAACAUUACUUUUCCCGGCGAAAAUCCGAUAUCUAUUUUAUCGAUAUAUUUGUUUGUUUUUAUUCUGUUCGUGUCACUCUAUUUAUACACGUUCGCAGUACUGUGUGUUACUUUUAAUAUGUAUAACUAUUUAACAUAAGAUGUUAUAGCUAUUUAAGUCCCCAUUUUCGUUUUCUACUAUCUAUCAAGAUUCGGAAAUGUUUCCCGGCAGUAUUUUUAUUAUUAUUAUUA